CCCUCUUCAAUGUUGGAAGUGAUUGCUAUGACCUCAGAGAUAGACACUCUUGAUCUUACCAGUCGAGUCAAAGAUGUUCUCCAAUUUCACAAUCUUGGUCAGAAAUUAUUUGGUGAAGCCGUUCUUGGGCUGUCACAAGGUUCUGUUAGUGAACUUCUUUCGAAACCAAAACCUUGGCACAUGUUAAGCAUCAAAGGGAGGGAACCCUUCAUUAAAAUGCAUCUGUGGUUGAGUGAUCCUCAGAACAUUGACCGAUUAAAACAUUACCAAAGUCAAAUUAAAGGUAGGUGUGACUCAUCACAAUGCAAGUGGUGCCUGUCCUAA